AUAUUUGUUAUCUACACAUGACCAUGGUAUACAUACAAUAAUAUGUGUUUAACUAUGACCUUCGGUUCAUUUACGUAAAAACAUGUCGACUUUUUUGUCUGGGUUCAUAAUUUUUAAAACAAAUAAGCUCAGCGAUUGUGUCGGUUAUCAACACGUGGUUUGUUGCGCAAGUGACAGAUGAAUACACAGUGGAGAAAUGACAGGAUAUAAAUGGACUUAUUAUAGCCAUACAGGCCUGAAGGAUUAAUGUCGCUAAAGUUGUGAAUCGAAAAAGGUACGGGGAAACAGCAAUGACAUUAUGAGGAGAGGAUGUGGGAAAAUCAUCAUGGGCCUUUGUUAUUCUGCGGAAUCGCUGGUGGAGGCAUGUGAGAAUCUGGACGCAGAAGCAAUUCAAAGACUUGUGGACGAAGGACAUAAUGUGAAUCAAGUGACGUUCGAAUGGGAAGGUACGUGCCAUCUGUCGAGCUGCCUUCACGUGUGUCUCUCUGUACAAAUUCGUCAAAAGCAUAAAAAGUAUCGCCAGAGAUGUUUGGAAAUUCUUCUCCAGGAGGGAGCUGAUCCAAAUCAAAGAAAUCACCGGGGUGAGACGCCUAUCAUGAUCGCUGAAUCUUUUAACGACGUUGAUAGUAUUCAACAAUUGAUAGACGCUGGUGGGGAUGUUAAAAAGUUGAGUUACAACGGUAAAACUGCUCUUUUCAAUGCCAUCCUUAAUGGUAGGGUUCAAACUGCUGAAGUGCUUCUUCGCGCGGGUGCCGAUAUUAAUGAAAAGUUUCCCGGUUAUAAAGGAUUUAUCUUGCAAGCAGCUAAACAGGGCAAUACUUCAGUGCUGCGUUACCUUAUCAAAGCCGGCUGUGAUAUAAAUCAAACAUGUGGCGAAAGAGGAGCAUCAGCUCUGCAUCAUUCCAUAUUAUCAGGACGAAAUGUACUGGAAGUUUUGCAAGUGUUGAUAGAUGAAGGCAUCGAUAUAAAUAUAAUGGACAAUGCUGGAGAUCGCCCCAUACACUGGGCAAUGUUUGUGAAGGACAAAGCAGUCGUCAGAUUUCUGUUGGCUCAAAAUGCUGACAUCAAUUCUCUAACCAUGAGCAACCAAUCCAUUUUAGACAAUAUUUAUUGUUUAGGUUUAACUGGGUUUAUGAAAGAUUGUGGAUAUAUGGCUGGUUUUUCAAAAGGUCGCAAUAUAGUUUUUAAAUCGCUGCCAUCUUUAACAUCAUGCUGUAGAAAGACAAUCAGACGUCAAAUAGGAUGUAAUGCGGAUGAGAAAAUUGUGUUUUUACCAUUACCUAACUAUCUUAAACAGUAUUUACAACUUACAGAUGUGCCCUGAUGUGUGACAAGAUAAUGCUUGCUCUUUCGAGAACAACUGAUAACACUUUUUAUUUACGCAAUUGAGAAAUUAACUUUAUUUUUUGACACUAUUGCACUUCAGAAAAAAAGAAUUCUUAAAAACUGUUA